AGAAGUCCUUGUUUGCACACAAUGUAGUGCACUUAUACAGGGAAUAAGGAGGUAUUUGGUAUUCAGCCUGUGUUUGGUGCCAAGAAGCAAAUGCAGUUAUAAUGCUGGUACAGUGACGGCAAGCAGUUUAUCAAGGUGUGUGCUCUUUGUUUCUGAAAUCCACCACAGACAAUGAGUCGCUUUUUGAAUUUGUUAAGGAGCUGGCUUGUCAUGGUGUCUGUGAUCGCGCUGGGCAACACUGUACAGAGCUUCCGGGACCACAGCUUUCUGUCUGAGAAACUUUACACGGGCACACCAGAUUUUGUUAAUGGCCUUCAGGCAAGGACCUUUGGAAUAUGGACCUUGCUGUCAUCUAUCAUUCGCUGUGCCUGUGCCAUGGACAUUCAGAACCGGACUCUUUAUCAUGUCACAUUGUGGACAUUUGUUCUGGCUCUUGGACACUUCCUGUCUGAAGCCUUUAUGUACAAAACAGCUCAACUUACCAUUGGAGUUAUGGCUCCUCUUUUUGUGGCAGGUUGUUCUAUUGUGGGCAUGUUAAUUGGGUUCCAGUGUAUCAUACAGCCAGAAGAAGUAACUGGAGCGAGGCAGAAGAAAAGGAACUGAAUCUAUACCCCAGUGACUUGUUAUGGAUAAGAAUCACUCACACUCAGGAGAACAAUGGAUGGGAUCGUCAACACUAAAGACAAAGAUUGAUUGAACACAACAAUGUCUAUUCAUGUUUUCAUUUGCCACUAGGUGGACUAGAAGAAGUGUUGUUUUCUAAUACUGAGACCAAGCAUAUAAUAUUAAAAGACUGAUGAAAAUAUACAUACAUUAAACCCAAGACAAGCAUGCCCAGUUUCAUAUUCAUAUGUAAUUAUACUUAAAUGAAAUAAUUAAAUGUGCAGGUCACGUGCAUGUGCUCUGACUUUUACAGACUCCCGCAUGACUCCUACUCAUACUCAGACUCUUAUUUCUUCUUAGUUGCCAAAUAUAAACAUUAAUAAACAUAUGCUUUGUAUGAAA